CAAAAGUGUCGCCGCCCAAAGCAAAAUCACGCGGAGUAAAAACAGUUGUUCGAAGAGCAGAUCAGUGCGAAAACUGCGUUGAAUUAAGGCUGCGGAAAAUGUUUCAUUUGCUGCUCCUCGGGCUAGUGCUGGUCUCGGCCCAGUGCCACCAUCCCCAUCGGAAUCCCAGACAAGUCCGAUACUCACCGGAGCUGAUAAACGAGCUGCGGGACUUUACGAAGCUCAUACCAAGUGCCACCAUCGAUGAGCUGGUGGCGGAGCACUUGAUCACCGACUCGGGCUUUCGCAAGGCGGUCAAAUUUCUACGGAGCUCCGACUUCAAGCGAUUACAGCAGCGCGCUGAGGCCCUGCCGGAGGUCGUGGAGGUAAUCAACUUUGUGCACCUCAACGAUACUGCUGCCAGGUCGAAAAUCCGCUUUUGGCCCGUAUACUCGCAACGCCACACGAAUCGUAUCCAGCGUCGGAGUGUGUACAAUGUCCAGGGCUCUCGAUGGGACACCAGCGAGGAGGUGAUUCUAGUGCUCAUGCAGCAGCCAUCAUCUGCAGGGGAAUCACUGGGUUCCUUUAUCAGCUUUGUCCGGGAUCUACUGACGCAUCUGCCUCGUGACCGCUUUGUGGCGCUCAUCGGUGAGAAGCGCCAGCGCAGUCCCCUAUUCGCCAAGUUCUACGAGGCCCUGCGGAGUCCACAGUUCAAAACAAUGGUGGAGGCAGCUAUGAGCUCAAAGAACGUGGCCAGUGUGAUCCGGGAACUGUCCGACCAUGAUAUUGAUGCACAGAGCCUGAAAACAAUUGGCUACGAAGUUAUCUCCUGGGGUCCAGCCUAGUGGGGGCCGGCCUCUGCUCUUCCACAGAUACAUGCCUCCUAAUAAAAUCAGAUGCGAGGUAUUUUUAAACAAAAGCGCUCGAACCUAUGGUUAUUUGCAAGAUGAAAAGGGCAAGCUCUGGUGGCGGCUGCUCAUUCAAUUCGAGGCUAAUGAAAAUUCGUGUUACAUAUCCUGGAAA